UAACAGUAGCCCAGGGGAACUGGAACUGGACACAAGACCCAGACCCACGACGAACAAUGUGAGCGAGGCAAUUAAGCCAGGAAAAACGUCAGAAAUUGAAGUAGUUUCAGGGCGAAAAUCCCUAGCAGUUGAAAGUAUUAAUUAGUGAACAUUUGGAAAUUCAGCAACAUGACUCACCUGUCAGCGUUGGCAUUGCUGAUGCUGCACUUGCUCCUGGUGGUGCCCAUACCGGCGUCCAAUCCGCCCGUCACUCAACCCCAACCCGUUGACAAUUUCGAGGGGCUCAGUCCACUGUCCAAACAUUUCGAUAGCCACAUGGUCAGUCCAUCGACCAGCAAUAUUCCCAGCUCCGACUUUGAUUCCGCAUCCGGCAAUUCCACAAGGAUUCUGCGUCGCGGCAAGCGUUAUCUUCAAUUCAGCAAGGGAUCACGUAUGUCGUGGCGUACCAACGGCAAGAACAAUCUGUGGACAAUCAACACUCUGUAUGCCUACGGCUAUGGCUUCCGUGCCAAUUAUCCCUUUCCAUCCAUCGAGGAGCAGAAGAAGGAUAAUGCCGUCUUUUUUCGCCUGUUCAAGAGGGACCUCUUCUCAAAACUGGAGACUGCUCUGGAUGGACAUGGCUUCGAUGGUCGAGCUUGCAUGCUGAAGUCGUUCUGCACUGCCAUUAACGAUGUGGAUAAUCCCAAGCAAAAGAGCGGAAUGCUUUUCAAAAUGCUUAAAUUGAUAUUCCGUCGAGCCAAGCGAUAUUUGGAUAUUAUAGAGACAACUCGUAUAUUUGUGGGUAUAUUUCAAGUUAUAGUCAAUACAUAUAUUAACUCCCCCUUAAAGUUCCGCGUAAAUGCCAAAAACAAUGUGAUCAAAUCGCCGAUUGUGUGGGCUCAUGGCUAUGGCUUUCGAGCCAAUACGCCGGUGUUGGUCAAAAGGGAGAAUAGACCCUUUCGCAGGGACACCUACGAGUUGCUCCACGAGCUGAUUGAUCGCAGUGGCCUGGAUGGACGUGCGUGUGUCCUGAAGGCCUAUUGCACCGCCCUGGCCGGGGAUCAUGGUCAGGGAUUUUUGUUUAAGCUCUUGAAAUACGUAUUUACACUGGAUGAGCACGACAAGCGGCAUAUGCCGCAUCUGCGGGAGGAGAACUGCGAGCAAAUCAUGCACAGCCAUUGUCCAUUGAGUUUCGACAGCAUAUCCCCAUACACCGAUGAUGUUUAGCACUAAGCAAUUGGAAAAGAGAACAGAUUGGCCAAAUAAAUAUGAAUAGAUUUAUAGAGAUAAUUUAAAAAAUAAGUAUGUUGCACUUGAUGUUAAACUGACGACCCUUUUACGAAUAUAAAUGUAUUUUUCGAAACAGAAAACCUUCACUGAACAUCUGGCAAAUGACGGAACUGUAGAUUGAACUGGUUUGUUUUUUUGAGCUACAUAAAAUAAACAAGACACAGAUUGAAUUGCACAUCAAAACAAAUAAAUAGAUCCAGAAAACUGACGGACUGAUUGCCUAAAAUAAUAAUACUGAUAGUAAUAAAAGCACUUCAAAGUGAUUGAAGCCUGGGGUGAUUAAAUAUUGAAGCUCGUACCAUGGCACAAUAUACCACAAUACGAUUGUUAAUUCAGCGCGUUUUUAAUAAAAAUUUAAAACUUC